GUUCAUCAAAUCAAAAUAUCUUUAUUUCAGAAUCCAACUAUACUUUUGUUAUAGGGUGUCACUUAUAAAUUACAACAUUUUCAGACCGUGGUAGACCUAAAACUAAAUAAAGAAGUCACAACAAGAGGUUGAAUAAAUCCUCCUCUACAUGAACAUAUAAUCUGAAUGAGCCACCUAAAAAAUUGGGUGACUCAUUUUAAUUGUAAAUACAGACAUACACAAAUAAUUGUAUGUCUGUAAAUACUGUAAAUACUGCCAAUACUAUGAAUAUUUCCGAACCUCCUGAUAGUAGCUGACUUCACUGAAAUGGAUUGCAAUGAAUCUGAAAGUGAUCAAAGCAGCGACGUUGGCAGUUAUAGUGACAACUAAAAAACAAAAACAGGAGGCAAAAACAUUGUGAUGGUAGAACUAAACAGGAACUCAAUUUAACAGAAAAGUGAGAAAGGAUGUAUACCUUUUAUUCUAUUACCAGUAAUGUGAAGAGUGGUUGGUUUUUUACUAUUUGCCAAGAGUACUUUGAUUCCCAUGAUGACUAUUGAAAAACCUUUAAAAACUCUGAAAAACAUAAGCUGUUAAAAAUAGACGUGAGACUAAAAUAUUAUUAACCAAGGGUAACUAAAACUGCCAAGGAAAUAUGGACUUGAUAAAGAAAUUCAUUAAAACUAUUUACCUCACAAAAAAGAAAUGGGCAGUAAAAUAUAACUUUGAAGAUAUGCUAAAAGUUAUUGCAGGCAUAGGAGACAAAGAUUAGCCAUGCACUUGGAACAUGGUCUUGGUAAUUCAACUUAUGCUUCAGCAUUGAGUGCUAAGAAAUCUUUAGUUUAUUAAUGAUAGCCUCCGGUGCUUUCACUAUCUUGGAAGAUGAAAGUACUGACGAAAGAGAUCAUUCCCAGAUGUCUGUAUUUUCUUGCUUUGUCAAUGCUUUUGAUAAUUAGCCAAUUUAAUGAUUUGUUGGUAUGGUGAAGUUGACCACAUUAAAAAGGAAAUUGACUUGAUACAAUUCUAGCACUUAUUCAGUCUAAACACCUCCAUCACAGUACUUACGUUUCUCAGGUUUAGAUGGUACUGACACUAAGAGUAGUGAAAGGAUGUUUCAACGUUUGUUUGUUUGUUUAUUUAUUUAUUUGUAGAUUCAUUAUUUCUGGAUAUCUUCCCUAAAUGGAAAUUACGGGAAAAUCCCUAAGGCUUAGACUAACUUAGGUGUGUUUUUAACGUAUGAAUUGGAGUUUUGGGAAUUGUAGAGACUUGUUUUAAAACAUAAAAGCAUAUUUAUUGCCCUUCUAUUGCAUAACACCCUCUUAGUAUUUGGUUUCAAUUCGGGAACAAGGAUGUGCUCAUAGAAAAGGCAUCAGAAAUUGGUUUUAAUUGUGCAAAAACAUAUUAAUAAAAAUUGACUAUUGUCCACCUGGUUCGACCCACAUUUCGACUAAUCUAUCUAAAAAUUAAUUUUGAUUUCUCAAGUAUUACUGUACAUCAUAUGUCGUUCUAAGAUUGCAAAACUUUUUGCAUUUAAGCUGUCCUUUCUUCCGUUUUCGACAAAAAUAUUGAUAUCUAGAUGGGUUAUUAGUUACUAAACGUUAAAAUGACUGGAGGGGUUUUUACGUAAAAAAUCAAUUUUUUUUUCUGCUUUUUAUUAUGCCCCUGAAAUAUAAAAAUUUUUUAAUUUAGAGAACAAUGUCAUGUAACUAUUUGCAAAAACUGUGCCUUAUUUACUAUCUCUUGAACUUUGAUGAUGGUUUCGUGAACGCUGAUGUUUAGGAAGAACUUAGUGGUGUUACAAAUCUUUUAUGAAGAUUAUAAAUAACAUGAAUGGAAAAAAGACUAUAAAAAAGAAGCUCAGACAGAUGUUAUCUUAUUCAGCUGAUGCAACUACUGGUAGAAACUGGAGACCACCAAAAGAAAAUGAAGAUGCUGUUGAAGGGAUGGACAAGCCCAGUGUUUAUCAUGCUACUGUUGUUAUAUUUUUGGAAUUCUUCGCAUGGGGUCUUCUAACAUCUCCAACUAUAACAGUUUUGGGGGAAACAUUUCCACAAAAUACAUUCUUAAUGAAUGGUCUAAUUCAAGGAAUAAAAGGAAUUUUGUCCUUUCUAUCAGCUCCAUUAAUUGGUGCAUUAUCUGAUGUUUGGGGCAGGAAAUCUUUUUUGCUAUUGACAGUGUUUUUUACUUGUGCACCAAUACCAUUACUUCGAUUCAAUCCUUGGUGGUUUUUUGCAUGUUUGUCAGUAUCAGGGGCGUUUGCUGUCACCUUUUCAAUUGUGUUUGCCUAUGUGGCUGAUUGUACUGAAAAAUCUGAAAGGAGUCAUGCGUAUGGAUUGGUUUCUGCUACAUUUGCAGCUAGUUUAAUCACUAGUCCGGCUUUGGGUGCAUACUUAAGCAGUGUGUACAGUGAUUCAGUCGUCAUUGCUCUUGCAACCGCCAUCGCAUUACUUGAUAUCCUUUUUAUUUUGGUUUGGGUUCCUGAAUCUCUACCUGAACGAAUGAGGCCUGCAUCUUGGGGAGCGCCGAUUCCUUGGGAAAAGGCUGAUCCAUUUAAUUCACUCCGCAAAGUUGGUCAUGAUCCAUUAGUUCUGUUGCUGUGUAUUACAAUAUUUUUGUCGUACCUGCCGGAAGCCGGACAAUAUUCGUGUAUUUUCUUAUAUCUACAACAUAGGAUAAAUUUUAGCAGGGAAGAUGUAGCUAUAUAUAUCGCAGUCGUUGGUUUUCUCUCAGUAGUCGUGCAGACUUUGGUCCUCACGUUACUUAUCAAGUCGUUGGGUUUAAAGAAUUGCAUUAGUUUAGCAUUGUUUUUUCAAAUGAUCCAGUUACUUUGGUAUGCCCUGGGAACGCAAGUGUGGAUGAUGUGGGCAGCGGGAGCGCUAGCUGCUAUGUCCAGCCUCACUUAUCCAGCUAUCAGUGCACUUAUAUCAUGUAAUGCAGACUCAGAUCAGCAAGGCGUUGUCCAGGGUCUGGUGACUGGAAUACGUGGUUUAUGCAACGGCCUGGGACCUGCUUUGUAUGGUGUCAUAUUUUAUAUCUUUCACGUGAAUUUACAAGAAGAGUUGGAUGUAUCGCCUACACCACCUCUGCUAAACAACAUUACUUCGCCGAGUAUAAAACGCAUGGCUGUCAAAUUUUACGCAUUUAUACCUGGACCGCCGUUUUUAUUCGGCGCAUGCUUAGUAUUUCUAUCGUUACUGACGGCGUUGUUUUUGCCCGACAUGAAGCCGACAACGUCAUAUCGAAAUUUAAAAAGACAAUCAUCACACUCCACCGCAGGUAGGACAUUAUCUACCAGUUCGUUUGAUAGUGAAUAUGAAACAAAUGAACAGAGUAUUUUAAUUCGAGAAGAUGCAACAACUUGAAAAUUCUACUCAGUUGAAUGGAUAGUGAAAAUAUCACGUGUCAAGGAAAUAUUAAAGAACUAUCAGUAUGGAUUGUAAGUGUUACGUACAGGUGCAGUGUAGCUGCUAUGUGAUCAGAGUUGUGUCGUUCUUUAUUGGCGUAGCAUCUGUCAGCAAUAUAUUUGCAUUUAUUGUACACGAUAGACCGAUGGCGGAUAUUCCUCAUAUCGUAUAGUUAUCACUAAAAAUUGAACAUAAUUUUUUUUAGAAAAAAACGAUUAUUUUCUUAUAACGGUGUAUUUACAGACGAAGAUCUGAAUUCGAUUUAAUAAUUAUUUAUCCAAACCUAGCCUUCCUAUUCUACACGUCUUGAAAUUUCUCCUCUUCUUCGUACGUGAAGCUACUGUAUUAUCAUAUUUGUUUUCAUCAUAUCUUUCUCAGAAUCUUUUUCUAUAUUUAAACCUGCUUUUUUACGUGAAGUAUAAAGUUAUUAGAACUAUUUUGAAAAGGAAUUUUUAUUUUAACUGUUUUAUUUUUAAAAUAUUAAAAAAAUCGUGUUGGAUUUCGUAAAUUAUUAGCAUCAAGUAUUUGUAAAUAAAAAGUAUGUAAUCGGUAAAUAUAGCUUUUCAGCCUUAUCUUUUUGGUCACCUUUUUACGGUUAAGGAGUGUGUAGCAAAAGUCGAUAAGGUAAUGCGACGAUGCUAAUUGCACAACCUCAAAGAUACAUGCGUUAUUGUGCGCACUGUCAAGCAUGAGAACUAAUGGACACUUCUUUUGAAUUAACAAUAUGUUUUUCUAAAAGAUGUUUAUUUUGCUUAAAAAUUGUCAUGAUUUGGCAAAUUGAAAUAUUUUGUGAAUAUGUUUUAAAUUAAAUGUCAUUAUGAUACACAA